CGCCCAGGCCAGCCCCGCCCCCGCCCGCCCACUCUCCCGAGGAUUCCAGGUUCUCAACACAACAGACAACACCGCUCACCGCAUAUAUAUAUAUAUAGAUGGGUUCCGAGGGGCCUUCUCCCGUCACCGUCCACGUCACCGGAUUCAAGAGGUUCCAUGGAGUCGCCGAGAACCCGACGGAGAGGAUCGUGCGCGGUCUCCAGCCAUUCAUGGAGACGAGAGGGUUGCCCAAGGGCCUUGUUCUCGGGAGCUGCACCGUCCUUGAGGCCGCCGGGCAGGGCGCGCUUGGCCCGCUGUAUGAACUGCUGGAGUCGACCGUCUCCGGCCGGGAACGUCAGGAGCGAGUAAUUCUGCUCCAUUUUGGCGCCAACAGUGGUUCACAUAGGUUUGCUCUUGAGAAUCAAGCUGUUAAUGAAGCUACUUUCCGUUGCCCUGAUGAGCUAGGAUGGAAACCACAGAGGACACCUAUCAUAUCGUCAGAUGGAAGCAUCUUACACGCAAGACAGACUACACUGCCAGUGGAGGAGAUAAGCAAGUCUCUCCAACAGAUGGGAUACGACGUGGUGCCUUCAGACGACGCUGGUCGAUUUGUGUGCAACUACGUCUACUACCACUCACUCAAGUUUGCAGAGAAGCAUGGGAUCGGGUCUCUGUUUGUCCAUUUCCCCCUCUUCCUGGCAAUCGACGAGGAAGUCCAGAUGCAGUUUGUCGCUUCCCUUCUAGAGGUCCUCGCUUCCUUGAACUUCCAGUGAACCUAGUGGUAGAUCUACCACUUCCCGGUGGUGUAUUGUUCCCAGAUUAUUUGGGAAAGGUUUAAGUUGUUCCCAACUUACCUGUGGAGAAUAAGAUCGAGGAAUCAUUCGUGGAAUUAUGUGUGUGGUUCAAAAUGUGUAGGGGAACAAAAACAAGUCUUCUCAAAGAACAUGUACAUGCAGUCCAGAUGUUAAUAUCCCAAGCGGUUUAUAUGACAGGUGCUGUUGCAGCGUUGUUCUCAGAGAUGCUGCUUAUGGAUAUACUGUUCGCUUUAGAUU